UUUGUGUGUAAAUAUCAGACGUUAUUCGAGUGUGAGAGCAGCGACAUGCGGCCGAGAUGUGCGCUCCUCAUGCUAACAACCUGCUGUGCUAGCAGGCUAACGCGACCUGGAGCGUUAACCGCUGGUUUCGAUGUAGUUUUCCGUUAUUGUGGAAAUAUUAGUAGGCGACCGCUUGUACAACCUUAUAAACAUGCAGAACGACGCUGGUGAAUUUGUGGACCUCUACGUCCCUCGUAAAUGCUCUGCUAGCAACAGAAUCAUUGGAGCCAAGGAUCAUGCUUCCAUUCAGAUCAACAUUGCUGAGGUUGACAAGGUGACCGGUCGCUUCAAUGGUCAGUUCAAGACCUACGCUAUCUGUGGAGCCAUCCGCAGAAUGGGUGAGUCUGACGACUCUAUCCUGAGGCUGGCAAAGAAUGACACCGUUGUUGCAAAGAACAUCUGAGUGUGAUGCUGAAGCUGUGGAGACUUUGUAAAAUAAAAUGGAGACAAAAAAACCA